AUGGAUUUAUUUCGAAUUCUUGGUACUGGUGCAAAAUUCAACAAGAAACGUUUUAAUGAAGACAUCGGGCUCUUUGAGCCUACGUCUACCCAAGAGACAAAAGAUCCAGAUUCGCAAACGAAUUUGAUCCAAGAAAUCGAUUUCUUUCACAACAGUAAGCGUGCUACUGAUGAAGUCUUGGGAACAAAACACACGAAAACGGAAGAACAAAUAGUAAAUUUCUCGGAAGAUCAAAUAGCACAAAGUAAUAGUGAUGAAAACGAAAAAGAACACAAAUCCUCGUUCAUAAGAUCUAACGAGAUUGCUAUCCACGAAGAUGUCAAGGUUUUUAGAAAACGUCAUCAAAUUCGCGUGUACGGCACCGACAUUCCUGAUCCACUUCGAUCUUUCAGUGAACUCGAGACAAAAUAUGAUUUCCAAUCGUAUAUUAUCCGCAAUUUAGAAUCUAUGGCAUACGAUCAGCCUACACCGAUUCAGAUGCAAGUGGUGCCGACUAUGCUGCACGGACGUGAUAUCAUGGCCAUGGCACCUACAGGAUCCGGAAAAACUUUGGCAUAUAUAUUACCAAUAUUACAUGAUUUAAAAGGACCAGAGAAAGUUGGUUAUCGUGCAUUGAUAAUUUCACCGACCAGAGAAUUGGAACAACAGAUAUAUCGAGACUUCAAAAGAAUGAGUGUCGGUAAAAGUUAUAAGAUCUGUACGCUCACCAGAGUAACCGCUGCCACGCAAUCACAAGAUCCUCGUCUCCGAAAAAAAUUCGAUAUCCUUAUAAGCACGCCUCUUCGUCUUGUUCGCGCUAUUCAACAAGAAAACAUUGACCUAAAAAAUGUUCGUCACCUGAUCCUUGACGAAGCGGACAAACUCCUCGAACUUGGAUUUUUGGAGCAGACUGAUGAGAUAUUUGCUGCAUGUGCAAACCCCAAAUUGCAAAAAUCGCUAUUUAGCGCUACACUUCCUUCUGGUGUUGAGACACUAGCGAAUAGUUUCAUGAAAGAUCCAAUUCGGGUUGUCAUUGGCCUCAAAAACGCGGCAACCGAUACCAUCAAACAAAAACUUGUAUACGUUGGUCAGGAGGAAGGAAAGUUGAUUGCCAUAAGACAAUUAAUUCAACAGGGAGGGUUAAAACCUCCAGUUUUAAUAUUCGUUCAAUCGAUUGAGAGAGCAAAAGAAUUAUUCCAUGAAUUGAUUUACGACGGUAUUAACGUAGAUGUGAUUCAUUCAGAAAGGACUAAGGCCCAGAGAGAUGCGGUAGUCUUAAGCUUUCGUCAAGGCAAGAUAUGGGUCCUGAUAUCUACGGAAUUGAUGGCGCGUGGUAUGGAUUUUAAAGGAGUAAAUUUGGUGAUAAAUUAUGAUUUCCCGCAAUCGGUGCAAAGUUACAUUCAUCGAAUCGGUAGAACGGGUCGAGCUGGUAAAUCCGGGGAGGCCGUAACUUUUUACACCAAAGAUGAUGCUCCUUAUUUAAAGAUUAUUGUUAAUGUAAUGAAAGAUUCUGGUUGCGAAGUACCUGAUUGGAUGCUGAAAUUAAAAAAUCCCACGAAAGAAUCAAAACAUCAAUUACGUAAGAAGCCAAUUAAACGUAAAACUAUUGACACACGCUCAUAUUAUGACAUAAAGAAGAUAAAAAGAAAAAGGGAGAUUAUUGAAGCAUCAAAAAGGCGAAAAGCACGUAAACUUUCGACCUCUGCUAAAGAGAAAAGCACAAUGACGAAUGAAAAAAGCUAA